AUGUCGAGCAGGCAGCCAUCGGAGAACCGCGAAGGUCGCCGUGCCUCGGGCGCCGGUGGUGCUUCGUCGUCGCGCUCGUCGAGCCGCGUGGCAUCGCGAUCCGGAUCGGUGCAUCGCUCCAAGGAUAAGAAGCCCGUGUGCAUCGGCCAGUACAUCAUCCAGCAGACGCUCGGCGCCGGCUCCUUCGGCAAGGUGAAGCUCGCAACGCAUGCGCUCACAGGCCACCGUGUGGCGAUGAAGAUCAUCAACCGCCGCAAGAUCUCGAGCCUCGACAUGGGCGGACGUGUGAAGCGCGAGAUCCAGUACCUCAAGCUGCUCCGCCAUCCGCACAUCAUCAAGCUGUACGAAGUCAUCACCACGCCCAACGACAUCAUCAUGGUCAUCGAAUACGCUGGCGGCGAACUCUUCCAGUACAUUGUCGACCGCGGCCGCAUGCCCGAGCCAGAGGCAAGGCGCUUCUUCCAGCAGGUCAUCUGCGCCAUGGAGUACUGCCACCGUCACAAGAUCGUCCACCGCGACCUCAAGCCCGAGAAUCUGCUGCUCGACGAGUACCUCAACGUCAAGAUCGGCGACUUUGGACUCUCCAACAUCAUGACCGACGGCGACUUUCUCAAGACGAGCUGCGGCAGCCCCAACUACGCCGCGCCCGAGGUCAUCUCCGGACGGCUGUACGCCGGGCCCGAGAUCGACAUCUGGUCGUGCGGCGUGAUCCUGUACGUCAUGCUGUGCGGCCGACUGCCGUUCGACGACGAGUACAUCCCGACGCUCUUCAAAAAGAUCAACAACGGCAUCUACACGCUGCCGUCGUACCUGUCGCAGGAUGCGCGCCAUCUGCUCAGCCAGAUGCUCAUCGUCGACCCUGUCAAGCGCAUCACCAUCCACGAGAUCCGCCAGCAUCCGUGGUUCAACGUGGAUCUGCCAGCCUACCUGCGCCCACUGCCGCCCACACCGGCGGCCGAGAACCGCGGCUUCAACUUUGGCCUUACCGAGUCGCCGCGCGAGACGGGCUCGCCCACCGACAUCGCUUCGUCGGCCGCAUCUUCGUCGGCCGCCAACAGCGGCGCGUCGUCGUCGCAGACCUCGGCCUCGGCGAGUCGGACGGGAAGCCAGCCUGCGGUGCUCGACGAUCUGGGCCCCAUCGACGCCGAGAUUGUGGACGAGCUCGUGGGCAAGAUGGUGGGCUUCAACCGCGACGAGCUGCUGCAUCAUCUGGCGGACAAGAGCGACAACCAGGUCAAGGUGGCGUACCAGCUGGUGCGCGACCACCGCCGCAUGCUGCAGAUCCACCACAUGGAGGAUGCGCACGGCAUGGAGAAUUUCCUGGCGCAGAGCCCGCCCGCGUGGAACGAGGGGCUCGAGGGCUUCAUGGGCCGCUCCACCAGCAUCAAGCGCAAGAAUCGCGACAAGGAGGUGGCAGGAGGUGCGGCGCCUGUGCCGCCGCUCCCGGCCUCGGCUCAUGCAACGGCAACGGCGGCGGACGACGAGGAGGGCGACUCGUUUGCGGUGGAUGCGGCCGAGGUGGAUCCGUCGGACGACGGCAACGAGACGCUGGCGAGCGACGACGACGAUCUGCUUACGGAUGAAGACGGCCAGCUGACGGACGCCGAGGAUGCGGCGGGCGAGCGCAUGGUGCGCAUCGCGGUGCUCGAGACGUCGCUGCCCGGCUACCUGCGAGCGCGCGAGGCGGAACGGCUGGCAACACCCUCGGCCGACAAGACGGCUUGGCCGCAGUGCACGCCGUUGUCGCCCACGUCGGGGAGUGGAACACCUGCGCUGCCGGCGGCGGCGGCAGCGUCGGCGGCGCAGAUGCACAAGAAGCCGCGGUCGCGCUGGCACUUUGGCAUCCGCUCGCGCAGUCCGCCCAUGGAGAUCAUGCUCGAGCUCUACCGCACGCUGCAGUCGCUCGGCAUGGAGUGGCGCCAGAAGCCUGUGGCGCGCGCGGCCAAGGCGGCGCACGAGGGCGAGGGCGAGGGCGAGGGCGAUGCAGCCGACAAGGAGAAGCACGCGGCAAGCGGGAGUGAGUCGGCAGCAGGCAAGGGCGAGGAGCUUUUCUUCUUGGAGACGCGCUGGAAGGUGGGGCAUGUGGUGGUGCGCAUGGAUCUGCAGCUGUACCACGUGGAUGCGGUCAACUACCUCGUCGACUUUCGCAACGUCGGCUACACCAUGCUCCAGCCCGAGGCCACAGCGGGGACGGAGACGACAGAUGCGGAUGCGGACACGGAUGGCGAAGUGGCCAAGCUCGAGGCGGCAUUCGAAAGGGCGAUGAGCGAGACGCAGCAGGCGAUGCGCGAUGGCGAGCCUCCUGCGCAGCACCGAUUCGACGGGACGCGCAUCAAGCCGUCGCUGGCGCCGGCGGUGCCAGCCGGUCGCAAGGAGGUCAACUCGCCGUUCCUGUUCCUCGAGUGUGCCACACGGCUCAUUGUCGAGCUGGCGGGCGGGGCCUGA